AUGAAUCCGAGUGGCAGUACUUCCCCGUGGAAGGCAGAAGCGGGAGGCUUAACAGAAAGGAAUGUCAAGACAUCGGAAAAGGUUAAAACUUUCUUCUGGAAAACAUAUCAUCAAGGUCUCCCAGUUGGAGAACAGUUUGCGAUUAAAAACAUCCACCUCAGCCCUCUCUGCCGUCGCUGCAACGGCACUGAAUCCAUUACACAUCUGCUGUUCUAUUGCCCCUACGCUUCACAGGUAUGGGCACUUGCUCCUCUCUCCUCACCAAUUGAUACAGGAGACAUCACCUCUACGCUGGAGGGAUGGGAGAGAGUUAGAAAGCUACAAUCUCUGCCCCCAGUGGGUCUCGAAACCGGCACUCUGGCAGCGUCGAUUGUAUGGAAUAUCUGGAUUGCAAGAAAUCAUCUUCUAUUCCAAAAUCGCGACUUCUCCCCAGAAGAAACCAUCCUAAAAGCCAUUACUGAUGCAAGAGAAUGGCUCCUGGCGCAGCCACCCAUGAAGAUCCCUCAGUCGAAGCCUUUGAUCAUGCUCGAACCAAACCCUAUGCGAUCUGGAGUAACCAUAUACGCAGAUGCUGCUUGGAAUCCAUCUUCGGAAUCUGCAGGAUUCGGUUGGAUCAUUGAUGAUCGGGUUUCGGCUACCAACCAUUCGGCGACCUCUUUGCAUGUCUCGUCGCCUCUUAUAGCAGAAGCCUUGGCUGUUAGAUCAGCCUUAACCUUUGCCCUCUCUUGCGGAUUUAACUCCAUCACGCUACUCUCAGAUUCUCAAUCUCUCAUCUCGAUAAUCAACAAGAAGGAAUUGCAGUUGGAGAUAUUCAAUAUCAUCCGUGAUAUCUACCAUCUCUCUGUUUCAUUUAUUUCAAUCACGUUUAGUUUCAUUCCUAAAUCGACUAAUGCCAAUGCCGAUCAUGUAGCCAAACAAGCAUUAUGGGCUUUAAACCCAGUGUGA